UAAAACGAAACACUGCGUCACAACUAGUUUCUCCACUUUUCCUCUUAACUUGAAGGUUCCCCUUGGAAUCUAAAGACAAUUAACUCAAAUAGAAAAAAUAAAAAGAAGGGAAGAAUGUGCACUUUACUUUGCUGCACAAUCGAAAACAGCUCUUUGGUUCAGCUUAGGGUCUCGGACGCAUCUGACUUGCCCGGCUUUGCCAGGGAAAAAUCAUCCUCUUAACCCCUCCUUUCCCUGACUCCCAGUGCGGCUACUCAAUGAGGUCAAAUGUCCCCGCUCGGCUGCCAUAGGGCCCCACCCCCAUCAGACAGCGCCCUUCCAUUGGCUGAGCCUGUUUGGCGCCAAAGCGAGGAGGAGCGGCUGAGCGCUGUGGGGCUCCGAACAAUAGAAGUGCCGCGGCCGAGAGCACAGCGACCGUUUGGCGUGGCUUGGCAGUUGACAGGACCGCGGGACCCAGGAGCGUCCGUCAUGUUCUGCGAAAAAGCUAUGGAGCUCGUCCGCGAGUUACACCGCGCGCCGGAAGGGCAGCUGCCGGCCUUCAACGAGGAUGGACUCAGACAAGUUCUGGAGGAGAUGAAAGCUUUGUAUGAACAAAACCAGUCUGAUGUGAAUGAAGCAAAGUCAGCUGGACGAGGUGAUUUGAUACCAACCAUCAAAUUUCGGCAUUGUUCUUUGUUAAGAAAUCGACGCUGCACUAUAGCAUACCUGUAUGACCGGUUGCUUCGGAUUAGAGCACUCAGGUGGGAAUAUGGCAGUGUCUUGCCAAAUGCUUUACGAUUCCACAUGUCUGCUGAAGAAAUGGAGUGGUUCAACCAUUAUAAAAAGUCUCUUGCUACUUACAUGAGGUCACUGGGAGGAGAGGAAGGCUUGGACAUCACCCAGGAUGUGAAACCCCCCAAAAGCCUCUAUAUUGAAGUACGGUGUUUGAAAGACUAUGGAGAAUUUGAAGUUGAUGAUGGCACUUCAGUCCUGCUUAAAAAAAAUAGUCAGCACUUUUUGCCUCGGUGGAAGUGUGAGCAGUUGAUCAGACAAGGGGUCCUGGAGCACGUGCUGUCCUGACUGUCCUGACGGCAGCGGGGACUUCAGGCUCCGCCAGGUGUGACGCUAAGUCUAGCUCAUGGAAACAUCCUCACUGGACCUCCCCUCUUCCUUUGAUUUUAAAUUUACAGGCAUGCUCUAAAAUAACUACGAAGGGCACCUGGGGGGAGCUCAGUGGUAGAGCACUUACUUAGCAUUUGAGAAACCCUGGGUUCCAUCCCUCGCACCUCAAAAGACACGACAACAAAAAUCAAAGAGCAGACUAUAGACCAGGAGCACGUGGCUCCAAGUAUAAUCUGCCACCUGUUAAGCUUUGUUACAAGCUAUAUCUCUAAUCAUUGCAUUCCCAUAGUAAAUGCUGUACUUUUAUAAAUAAAAAUCAACAGUCUUCAGUCUGAAUCUGUUUUCA